UUUUUAAAGCUGAUUUUCUUCUCAUCUUGUAUAGAAGCCCAGGUGCAAACAACCCACUGCAGGGGACAAAGACGGAGUCGACAAAAUGCUCUCGACCCUCAUUACAUCAAGAGUCUAUAAGCUUCAUGAAGGGAGUGAUGGAUGAAUGCACACACAUGGCCAACUUCUCUGUCCCUGUAGACCCCAGUCUCAUUAUCGUGGUCCAGGCCAAAGAGGACGCCUACAUCCCCCGAACAGGAGUGCUCAGUCUGCAGGAGAUCUGGCCCGGGUGUGAAGUCAGAUAUCUGAAUGGAGGACACAUCAGUGCAUAUCUGUUUAAACAGAGUGUCUUUAGACAGGCCAUAUACGAUACAUUCGACAGAUUCUGCCUGAAGUAUCCCAACCUGCACUAGACAUGGCAGUCCUCCCUGAAACUGCAUCAGGAUCCCUGGCUGGAAAAUGAAUGCCUGUCUAUAGACCAGCUGUCUAAUGUAUCACAUUACCUAAUUCUUGUAAGAGAUGACAACUGUUGAGUAUCAAAUGUGUUGUUUUCCAGUCCUGCCAGUCUGUAGUUGUCAAACAACACUCAGGCCUCUAGCUUGAUUUGUUAAACUGGUGUUAACAGACUGGUGAAACACCUUUAACAGUGUGACACUCUGGAUGGAAACACAUCCUGUAACAUUCUAAUGGAAAAAACAAUCAAGUUAAAUUCAGCUCACUGUACAGACACUUUUCUAACUGAGAAUUGAUUAAGGAACACUUUUAGCAGAUGUCAUUGUUAAGCAAAUAUAAAUGUUAUUGGUUAUAUUUAUAAUCAAUACGAUUUUCAUAAAUUCAACUCGUUUUUUAUACCAUUACCAAGGUAACAGAAAAUGUACUGGUGGGCAAUCAGUCCGAGUUGAGUCGAUUGCUGUGCUUUCUAGAAGAUUAUGAAAACCAGGGUUUAGCAUCAUGUGAAAAAUGAAAUUGGCAUAGAAAGAUUCAUGUGGACUAUAAAUCUGUAUAUUUCAUCUUAUUAAUACCUAUUCCACCACGAAGAAAAAGGUUUUAAAAACAAUAUUAUCAACUGGCACAUUUAAAAAAAAUAAUUGGGAUGAAAAAUCAAAAAUUAAAAAAUGUACUAUAAAUGAAUUUAAUAAUAAUUAAUAAUAAUGCAUCAAAGGUUUCCAACAACAACAACAACAACAACAAGCAAGAGACAAGACAACGUGGAAAUCAAAAAGCAUUACACUUUUUUGAAGUUACCCUAAAAUUCAAUAUUUGUGUAUAUAACUCAUCCUCAGCUACAAGGCCAGCCCGUGUGUCCACAUCCUCAGGGAGGGUCUCUCCACUGUAGCACGCUGAGAGAGGAGAGAGGACGGGGCAGUAAGGAGGUCUUCAGCAGGAUUGGCCAUUUUGGGUUAAGUCAGUAUUGUUGUAUUUUCCUGUUUAGCCUCUUGAUGGUGCUGUUCCUAUGAAUAAAUACAGAUAGUGAUGAAAAACUGUGUUUAGGGUUAGCUUGUGUUUUGUAAAAGUAACAUGACUUUGUGUGGGGUAUGUACACAUAACCCGUACAUUCUAUGAGUUAAAAGUGUGUCUCGAUGACGUAAAGCAGGGGUGUCCAUACUGUUUCCAAUGAGGGCCAUAUACAGAAAAACACACUGACGGCUGGGCCCCUAGAGGUGAGGUAUACUGCCUCAUA